AAGAUGUGGAAAAAGACAGAAGACAGAGGCAGAGUGAAAUGGGAGGGAGAGGCACCGAGGGGAGAAAAGGAGGGGUGUUGAGGAGGAGGGAGUCCAACUGAAGCAACUUAAAACAUUGAGAACAGAAGACGUAGUGAGUACAGGGUGAGAGCAGACGGACUGGAAACAAGGGAGAAAGAGAGAACUUGAAGUAUCCAUCACUAACAAUCAGAGAUGACAUCACUUCGCAGAGACCUGGCUGCUCUCCUCCUUUUUCUGAGUGCCUCGCCCCUCCUCCACUCCCACCUCUUCACUCACGCAGCCUCUGCUUCCCCUCCUGUCACUCGUCCGCGGAUCAUAUUCAUGACCGCAGUGGAUUCAGACAAUGACUAUGAAGAUGACUACCUUGACACCCACAGUUCUCCUCCUGAAGUGCUGUCCUCCGUGAGAACUACCCGCCUCCAACGGGGACCGACGCAGCUCUGUCAAUACGACCCCUGCUUGGAGAAUCAGGACCCCUGUGCCAUUCUUAAAGCAAAGACUGGGUGCCUCUGUCCCGGGACCAGUGGGCCUGAUGUGCUUCCCCAUGCACCCCGCAUCCGUCUGAUGCUGCCAAUCAGUGAAGGGAAUGACAGAGGGAAGGUGGAGGUCCAGUGGUGCGCUCCUUCUUCUGUGGUGUCUAGGUACCGAGUGGUGAUUCAGGGAAAUGAAGGAGAUGCCCAGGAGUUUCAGGCUGCUUCGCGAAGAGGUUUGGUCAGAUCUUUGGAAGCUGGGACUAAAGUGUGUGUGGAGGCAGUGAACAAUGCAGGACACAGCAUCCCAUCAGACUACUCCUGUAAGCGGUAUGACCCUCCUGAAACUUCUGACCAUAAACUGUUGGCUGGGGUCAUAGGAGGAGGAGUCUCCCUCCUUCUACUCCUCAUCAUAGCAGCUGUGAUCCUCUGGAAGUUUAAAUUGUGUCAAAAGGCAAAGAGAGACUCCGCUGAUGGACUCGGGAACCCUUCUUACAGCACAGAGGGAACUCUGUGAUCCAGACUAGUUCAGCACAGACAAUCCAUCCCAGUCACACUAUAGGCACCUUGACAGAGGAGGCACAGGAAUGGUGUAACCAUGAACAACUGCCAAAUAGUUCUGGGGUGGUGUCAUAAUUGAUUAAAGGUUAACGAAUUGUAUACAGUCCUGUUUCAAGGAAUAUGUAAACCUGUUGGGAAAAAUAAGAGUAGUGUUCAUGGAAUAACACUAACAAAUGGGCAAUUCUGUUAAUGUGUGGUUAGAGCUACAGGUUUAUUUGCUGGCAAAUUAACCCUUGUAGGUUCGUUGUUGUGUUUUUUCAUUUUAUCAUGGCUGAAAUGAAUUGUAAAUAUUAAUCAUUUUUAGGAUAUACUGACUGAAACUUUUGUAAUAAACUAAAACGUAUUUUAAUAAAAACUGUAAAAUGUC